AUGGCGCGCCUCCUCCUCAUUAUCGGAUGCGCUACUCUCGCAGCUUUCGCUUCAUGCGAAUCCAAGAGUGGUGAGGAAACUCCACAAUACUGGAGAGCCAUUCUUGGUGAUAUCUGCCAAUUGCCAUCAUUCCCAAGAGCCACCGGUGAUCCCACUCGUUAUGUUGAAUGUGUUCGUCAAUCCUCAUUCGCUGCCGAUAGAAAAGAUCUCGGAAUCUGGCUUCUUCGUGAAUGCCUUCCAGGAUACGAGUUUGUUGCCUCUGCUCGCCGUUGUAAAACUGUCCGUUCGGUCAACAAACAACAAGAGCUUUGCGAGUCUGCCAAUGCCACUGAAUACAACUUCUGCCCAACUGCUUCUGCCAUGCAAUUCCUCGUUGAAGAGACCCGUGAGGCCCCAAGACAGUGUGCCUGUCCAAAUGGAGAGCAAAACUGUGUCUGCCCAUCCCCCGAAAUCCUUGAGCCAAUCUCUGCUGCCAAGAAGGUCCGCAGAUCUGCCCAACAACAGCCACUCAGAUUCUCUCAAUACCCAUCUUGCCCAUGCCCACAAAACCAACCAGCAUGCACUUGUUCUACCAACAACCAACAAAACGAGCAGAUCCUUGUCUCUAUCUCUUGCUGCCAACAAGAUGUUGCCACCACUCAAGCUCCAGUUCAAAUGCAACCAUGCCAAUGCACUCCAACUCAAAUCCAACAGAACUGCCAAACCACAACCACUCAACAACAGUACUGCCCACAACAAUCUGCCCCAGUUGUCCAGCCACAACCAUGCCCACUCGUCCAAGGAUCCGGAGUUCAAAACGCUCAAUACCAAGGAAUCUGCUCGUGGAUGAUUGACCCACUUGCCACUGACCCACAAUCCCGCACUCACUUCCUCCAAUGCCAACCAGCUCCAAACAACUUGUUCUGUGGAAGAUGGCAACGUAUGCCAUGUGCUCCAGGAACCGUCUUCGACGUCUCCUCCCAAGUUUGCGUCUGGGACACUUCCAGCCAACCAGGAACUCUCCCAACUCCAGCUCCAUACGUCUCCACUCAAGCCCCACAAAACGCUCAAUGCGGAUGCACCGGAGGAGUUCAAAUCGGAUCAUGCAACCAAAACUACCAAUGCCCAGGACAAUCGGUCUGCCAAGUUGGACAAAAUAACGGACAACAGUGCAUGGUUUGCUGCUACUUCCGCAAGAAGGCCCGUCGUUUCUAA